GCCGGUGGCGCGCGGGCGGUUCCGGGGGCGCGGGGCCGGGUCCCGGGGGCGAUGGGGCCGCGCCGGGAGGGGCCCGGACGGGGACGGGGACGGGGACGAGGACGAGGACCAGCCGCCGCCGCCGCCACGGAGAGCGAGGAGGAAGCGGCCGCAGAGCAGCGGCUCGGGAGGCUGGAGCCGGCCGAGGAGGGCUCUGGUGGCAGCGACGACAGCGACGACGGCGGGAGCGUGGCGGGGGCUGGCGGGAAAGAUCAAUCUGAGAUGUCUUUUGAGGAACUCCUGCAGGUGCAGAGUGAUGCAAGGAUGAGAGUGAGCAAGAAGGUGCCUGGUGGGAAGAAAACUGCAAAGCCUACCAAAGCUACACUGAAGCAGCAACAAGGCAAAAAGGGGCCAUUGGAGAUGUCUGCCAAGAAGCCUGUACCUUUCCUGAGACAAGUUGUCCCUGUUAGGAAGAAGGUCCAGAGAGACCCUCGAUUUGAUGACCUGUCUGGAGAGUAUAAGCCUGAAAUAUUUAUGAAGACAUACAGCUUCCUGGACAGCAUCAAGAAGCAGGAAAAGGAGAUGGUUGAGAAGCAGCUGAAGAAAUGCCGGAACAUGGAAGAGAAGGAGAAACUUCAGCGGCUCCUGAACCGUAUGACACAGCAGGAAAAGGCACAGAAAAAACAGCAGAAGUUGAGAGAGAGGGAGCUGUCUUUGAAAAGACAACAGAGGGAACUGGCUAAGCAGGGAAAGAGACCCUUCUUCCUAAAGAAAUCUGAGAAGCGGAAAUUGGAACUAGCUGAGAAGUAUGCAGAGCUGAAGAGGAGUGGGAAGCUGGAGAGCUUCCUGAACAAGAAGAGGAAGAGGAAUGCCAUCAAAGACAAGCGCCAUCUGCCCUCACAGAAGAACUUGUGACUGUUGGACAGUCAUGCUGUUGUCUGGCACUGGCUCGUUCUGCCUUGGCAAGGCUUGGAGGAUGGCUAUCCCUCUUCCCAGGAUCUGCCCUUCCACUGUAGAGUGAUGCUGUAAGGCAGCAGAGCAGGGGCUGAACUGAAGGAAAUAAUGGGUUUUUUUUAGCUGAAGUGUGUUCUUGUGGUUUAGAUCAUGCCUGGGUGGUGACAAGUGUGUCGUGCAGAUGCUGAUGGUGAUGACAGCUGUCUUUGCCCUUGCACCUGCUCAUUUCUAACUCUAGCAAGGAAAGCGUGAGCCCUGCCCUGCACUGCUGGCUCUACUCCAGGUUCUUUCAGACUUCCACUGAGGCAGAAAAGGAUGUGGGACAAUGCCUGCUCAGAGCAGCAACCCUGACUUCAGGUUGCCCAGGGCUGCUUUGCUGGGAUCUGGUAAUGUCUAAGGACAGAUGCCUUCACCUCUCUUGGCCUCUGCUCUAAUGCUUCAGGUUCUCAAGAUGGAACUUUUUGUUUCUCAUCCAGGAAACUUGCCUGGUUUUAGUCUAUGAUCAUUGUCUUGUUCUCACUGAAGUGCCUGGCUCUGUCUUCUCAGCAGCUCUGUCACAGGUGUGAGGGGGGGUGGGAAAGGGGUGCUGUAAGAUCUCCCCAAAGUCUUUUCUUCCUAAGGGUGAAUGAAUCCUGUUUCCUCAGCCUUUCCUACAGUGCUCCAGCCUCUGACAGCUUCCACAUACUCAGCUGGAGUCAGCCCAGACAACCAACAGCUAAGUUUUGGUGGCCCAGCAUGGAUCAGUAUCUGGAUGUAGUCUCACAAGAGAUGAGUGAAGGUGAGAGGAUCACUCCACUCCACGUGGGCUGCUCCUGGUGAUGCAGAUCUAGGUGUGGCUGGCCUUCCUCAUACACGGGUCAUGCUGUGACUGCUCAGGUAUUGCUGCUUGGGAUCUCUCCUUCAGAGCAGCUUGGUUUCUCAGUGUCAUCUCCAGAGUUAUCAGUGCUCCUAGGAAACUGAUCCUGUAUGAAAUAAAGUACCUGUUUUCCUUUA